CGCAGCCUCCCGCUGAGCUACUAUUUACUCAACUGGGGCAUGCUGGACACCCUGGGACCUCCUGCUCUCCCCCCUUCCCCAGCCCCGACCAGGCCGGGAGGGCUAUAAAGGGCUCCUAGGACAGGCCGGAGAGAGAGACCUCGCUCCUUCUUUGCCAGCUCACGUCAUGGAAGCUUCUGUCCAUGCUCCCCUCGGGCUGGCCGGCUGGCUCCAGGGCCCCCUGGGUGCCUGGGGCUGCGGGCACCCUGUGCAGGGCCGAGAACAAGGCGGAAGAUCCCCUCCUCUCUGGAGACCCUGGCUUCCCACUGCAAAGGAUCUGUGCAGGCAGAGCAGGGACCAGACGGACCCGGCCCGUGGCAGCGAGAUGCUGGUGGAUGGUGGCUCAGGCAAGGCAUCAGCACUGUUCCGGCACCCUGUCAGACUCUUCUGGCCCCGCUCCAAGUCCUUCGAUUACCUGUACAGUGAGGGGGAGAAGCUGCUGGAGAACUUCCCCGUACAAGCCACCAUCAGCCUCUAUGAGGACUCCGACAGCGAGGAAGAGGAAGAGGAGGAAGGCUUGGGGGAGGAAGGGCAAGUGGAGGAGGGGGGGCAGCAGGCGGAGGAGUCUGUGUUACAGCAGGAGGCAGGCUGCCGUCAGGGGCCAGCUGGGGCCAGCCAGCCAAUAAAGCUGUGUCUGAAGUGACCCCCACAGUGCCCAGCGUACCUGGGCAAGACUCAGCUGUGGGGAUAAAUGCCACACCACCUUCCCCAGUGCUGCCAGCAAAGGAGCUUGCCAGAGACUCCACCCCACGGUGCCAGGACCCCAGCCCUUGCUGCCCUACACCAGGGUGUGUGUGUGUGGUGAUGGGGGCCAGAGGGUUGUUUGGAAGCAUUUUCAUGUCUCUCCACUAGGGGGCACAGUUCAAACUCCAAGCUAGUCCUGCUGGAGGUGAGAGGCCCCCGCGCCUGUCCCAGGUGAGCAGUCAGAGCUCGGGGCGGCUGAGCUAAGUGUCUGCCAGGGAGAGGACUCUCCCAUUCCAAACCAUGACCUCCCCUGCGCAAUGCCUGCCUAGUGCUGGGGAGCGCUGCUGGGCUGAGGGCAGAGGCCAGCUUGCCCUGCUGCACCAGCCCCUUUGGGAGCCGGGCGAGGGCCCUCAGAGAAGAAGCCUGCCCAGACAACACUGCGGGAGCUGGGCUCAGAGCGAGUGUUCCAGCCUGCUCCCCAUAGCCCCGAUGGGGUAAUGCCCCCACUAGGGGCGCUGGUACCCAGGUGGAGCUCAGCUGUGCCCCUGGGUUUUAGGCUCUGUGUUCUGGGCGUUACUAUAUAGCAGGGCAUUGACAAGUGAAAUAAAGCGUGUGAUGCUCUAACAUCAGGAUUCAUGGCACUCUGGAGUCCAUGGCCAGGAAAUCUGCCUGCCAUGGGGAAGCUGGCACAUAUGUGAUGAG